GUAAAUCAGCGAUUUGUGCGUGCACAAGGCGUUCAACUUUCUACAAUUUACAUUUAAUUAUUGUCUUAUCAUUUUUUCGUCGACAGUUAUCUUUUAUGUUUAUGUUCAGUUUUAUUUGUUCUCAGACGGGUUCAUUAGGUGCAUAAAAAUAGCGACAAACGGUAUUUGUAAUUUCCUUUAUCUAAUAUGUUGAUUACUGAGGUUUAGCUAAAUUUAGCUCGUAUCUCGCUUAUUUCGGAACAUAACGCAGUAUCCAAUGACAAUAUUAUCACCGUACGAUACGGCCAGGAAGAAAGAGCCUUCGGCUACUUUUAACGCGGAGAGAGAAACAUGUCUGAAAUGCUUCGAAAAAUGGAGCGAAACCGACCAAGUCGAAUUCGUAGAAAAUUUACUAGCUAGGAUGUGUCACUACCAACACGGGCACAUCAAUUCCUAUUUGAAACCCAUGCUGCAGCGAGAUUUCAUAUCUCUUUUACCAAAGCAAGGAUUGGACCACGUCGCUGAGAAUAUAUUGUCAUAUUUGGAGGCGGACAGUUUACGGAACGCCGAGUUGGUCUGCAAAGAAUGGUUUAGGGUAAUCUCAGAGGGUAUGCUUUGGAAGAAGCUAAUCGAGCGGAAAGUUCGGACGGAUUCACUGUGGAGAGGUUUAGCCGAACGCAGACAAUGGAUACAAUAUUUAUUCAAACCACGACCUGGCGAGAACCAUCGUCCCCAUUCGUUCUAUCGAGCCCUUUUCCCGAAAAUCAUCCGCGAUAUCGAAAGCAUAGAAAGUAAUUGGCGGAACGGUCGGCACAUCUUGCAGCGAAUCAACUGCCGGUCCGAAAAUAGCAAAGGGGUUUACUGUUUGCAGUACGACGAUCAGAAAAUCGUGUCGGGUCUCAGGGACAAUACUAUUAAAAUAUGGGACAGAAGUACAUUGCAGUGCACUAAAGUUCUUAUAGGACAUACGGGAUCGGUUUUGUGUUUACAAUACGACGAUAAAGUUAUUAUUAGUGGUUCUAGUGAUUCAACUGUGCGCGUCUGGAACGUUAACACGGGAGAAAUGGUCAAUACGCUCAUACAUCAUUGCGAAGCCGUCCUUCAUCUUAGAUUCAAUAACGGAAUGAUGGUCACCUGUUCAAAAGAUCGCUCGAUAGCUGUGUGGGACAUGACAUCGCCGAACGAGAUCACCCUGCGGCGGGUGCUGGUGGGGCACAGGGCCGCCGUGAACGUGGUCGAUUUCGACGAGAAAUACAUAGUUUCGGCGUCGGGUGACCGAACGAUAAAAGUGUGGAACACCUCAACUUGUGAGUUUAUGCGAACGUUAAACGGACAUAAACGGGGGAUCGCCUGUUUGCAAUACCGAGAUAGGUUGGUCGUAAGCGGAAGUUCGGACAAUACCAUAAGGUUGUGGGAUAUCGAAGGUGGCGCUUGUCUGCGGGUGCUUGAAGGGCACGAAGAGUUAGUGCGUUGUAUCCGUUUCGAUUCGAAACGGAUUGUCAGCGGGGCUUAUGAUGGGAAAAUUAAAGUUUGGGAUCUCGUUGCCGCGCUUGAUCCCAGAACGCCGGCCAGUGCUUUAUGUCUUCGAACAUUGGUAGAACACACAGGUAGAGUAUUCAGGUUGCAGUUUGACGAGUUUCAAAUAGUGAGCAGUUCGCACGAUGAUACAAUUCUUAUUUGGAAUUUCCUCAACUCAAUUGGAGAGAGAAACACGAAAUCGCCUUCGCCCUCUCCGUUUGAGUAAAUUGUCCAGAAGCCAAUUUGUCAUCAUGUGUGUGUGAGUGUGGAAGAGACAAUUUUGGAGCAAGUGCUCGCAUAAACUGACUAGGAAUAUAAAAUUUAGAAAAUUAUUUGUAAUAAUUGUGUAUAAUGUUAUAUUUAAAUUGGAUAUAUUUAUGUCUUAAUUUAUAAUAUGAAGCGUAUUUGACAUAAUUGGAGUUCGUUUUUUACGUGUUUCGUCUUUAUGAAAAAUUUUUGCUGUUGUGUUUCCUAGACCGAAUUAAGAUGUCGACACAAAACCUCUGUUGAUCUGUUGUAACCUAAAUGAGUUUAACUACGAAUUAUGUGAUAGUACGUUUAAAACAUCUAAAGUGCGGUUUUCAUCGUGUGCGCCAUUAAUCUUGUUGACGUUUUACAUUUGUUUUAUUUCGUUAUCGUUGAAUUUGCAAAAAUGAACAACUAAUUUUAGCUCUCUAGUCUAUGAAAUUUCAAUGAUAGGCUACACACGUUAUUUUAGGAAUCAAGUUGUUUUAAAAUUCUCACACUAUAGUGCGGUUUCUACAGUUUGUUGGGCUUUCUAGUCUGUAAUCAUUCUUUGCAAACUUAGAAAGUGAGUUUAGUCGGCAAAAAUUGUAUAGUAAGUUUUAAAUUUAUAGGAUUUUGGGGUGAAUUCAGUGAUGAUUAAUUUUAGUUUAGGAUUAUUUUACAUCAUUUUCAUCAAGUUGGAAAUUGUGAUCUAUUAUUUAGGGUUCUCCAUAUUUAUUAUGGGAAAAUGAUUGCAACCAAAAGUACUUUUUGUUUUGUUUGGUGCAUUAAUUUAAUGAGGCUGCAAGUGUACUGGGAUUCCAAGAAGUGGCCACGGGCUGUUCUUGCUAUUUAUUUUAGACGAUUCUGCCAAAAUGUAGUAUUUCUCCUAGAUUAGAUUUACAAGUAAACUUAUAACGGCUUUUGUGAUAAAAUCUUACAGUAAAAUUUGUAUGCCUGUUUUGUACUAUAACUGGAAUGUACACUAUUCAUGUUAAAAAAAAACACUAUCAAUAAGGCACUAAAUCAUUUUAUAGGUUAAUGUAAAUAUUAUGAAUGUAGUGGUAACAUCAUUUGCAUUUACUAUUUUUAUUUAGAGUUAUUUAUAUUUUAUGCGUGUAAGUAAUACAUUUUGCUGAGACAAA